GCGAUUUGUUGCAGCCCGAAUCGACUUUGAACAGAAAAAUCAUGGAACCAUUUCACUCUAUCCUUAAAAUCUACUACACAAUUCUUGCUGUCAUCGGAAUUCCUGUUAACCUCAUGACGAUUUUGAUCCUAUCUCAGGGAAGAUGUGGUCUUUCAAUUUGUACAACUCGCUACCUGGUGUCCAUGACAACAGCGGACUUGCUGGUUAUUAUCACUGCAGUCUUAUUAUAUCGGGGUAGUUCUUAUUAUUUCCCAGAAUCCUUCCUACAAAUCACACCUGUGUGCCGUGCUACCUUUGUCCUACUUUAUGCAGCCUCAGAAUGUUCUGUCUGGUUUACUGUCACUUUCUCCUUUGAUCGAUUUGUGGCCAUUUGUUGCCAGAAGCUGAAAACAAAGUAUUGCACUGAUAAAAAUGCAGCUGCGAUUUUAUCAAUGACCUGCAUUCUCAUCUGUUUUAAAAAUGUUGCAUUCUACUUUAGAUUUGAACCUGGUGAAAUAAUUGACAGUAUUCCUUGGUUCUGUAAGGAAACUCCAAGCUAUUAUAGUGCACCAGAUUUGAGCGCUUAUCCAGACGACAAUCCUCCAGACAUAAAAAUAUCCAAAAACCAACAGUUGACAUCAGGUUUUACCAUUGAUGACUCCCUCAGUAUCAACAUCCUGGGGGUUAUCAUUGUCCACAACGGAGCUGGAGUUGACAUAAUAAUAGAAUGUCUACAGGAGCAGCUCAAAGACUAUGCACACUGGAGUGAAAACCUCACACGUUGGCACAAGUCAAAAACUGCUGAAGAAAAUUAA